AAGUAGAUGCGCAUAAUGCGCCCCCGCUCUCUAUAGCAAAACCCUCCUCAUCCUGCGCCGUCUCACUCUUACAAAUACACUCUUCCCGAUUCAACUUUCCGUUGCUUUCACCGCACUCACGAGAUCUCUGUCUGCAGCUGCGUUGAUUACACUUUGAUCCGAGGAUCGGAAGGCGAAAUGGCGACGAAGAAGAGCGUAGGCGCCUUGAAGGAGGCCGAUUUGAAGGGAAAGAAGGUGUUCGUUAGGGUGGAUCUGAACGUUCCUCUGGAUGACAAUUUCAGUAUCACCGAUGACACUAGAAUCCGAGCUGCUGUCCCUACCAUCAAGUACUUGAUGGGCCACGGCGCCAGAGUCAUCCUCUCUUCUCACCUGGGACGCCCUAAGGGUGUUACACCAAAAUACAGCUUGAAGCCUCUGGUGCCAAGGCUGUCUGAGCUUCUUGGUGUUGAGGUUAAAAUGGCAAAUGAUUGUAUCGGUGUAGAAGUUGAAAAAUUGGUGGCUGAAAUACCGGAGGGAGGUGCUCUACUGCUGGAGAACGUGAGGUUCUACAAAGAGGAAGAGAAGAAUGAUCCUGAAUUUGCAAAGAAACUAGCAUCUCUUGCAGAUCUGUAUGUGAAUGAUGCUUUCGGUACUGCUCAUAGAGCACAUGCUUCCACUGAGGGGGUGGCCAAGUACUUGAAACCCUCUGUUGCUGGAUUCCUCAUGCAGAAGGAACUUGACUAUCUUGUUGGAGCUGUGGCUAAUCCCAAGAGACCAUUUGCUGCAAUUAUUGGUGGCUCCAAAGUAUCAACUAAGAUUGGCGUGAUUGAGUCAUUGUUGGGGAAGGUUGAUAUGCUCUUGCUUGGUGGAGGCAUGAUCUUUACAUUUUACAAGGCCCAAGGGCACCCAGUUGGAUCAUCACUUGUGGAGGAAGACAAGCUUGAUCUUGCAACAUCUCUCCUUGAGAAGGCCAAGGCUAAAGGAGUGUCUUUACUUCUCCCGUCUGAUGUGGUUGUGGCUGACAAGUUUGCUGCUGAUGCGAAUAGCAAGAUUGUCCCAGCGUCUGGUAUCCCUGAUGGCUGGAUGGGAUUGGAUAUUGGACCUGAUUCAAUCAAGUCAUUUGGUGAGGCCUUGGAUACCACAAAAACCAUUAUCUGGAAUGGACCUAUGGGCGUGUUUGAGUUUGAAAAGUUUGCCGAAGGAACAGAGGUCAUUGCAAAGAAAUUGGCAGACCUUAGUGGCCAGGGGGUGACAACAAUAAUUGGGGGAGGUGACUCUGUAGCAGCCGUAGAGAAGGUUGGUCUUGCUGACAAGAUGAGUCACAUCUCGACUGGCGGUGGUGCCAGCUUGGAACUGCUUGAGGGAAAAUCGCUCCCCGGAGUCCUUGCACUUGACGAUGCUUGAAUCGCACUUUUGUCUUGUUCGCGUUUAUAAGGUUUUCCGGAUGCUUUUGUUAUGUUUGGGAGGUUUUUUGACCAGAGCUGAUAAGAACCAUAAUAGAAUGGAACUCGUGUAGAGUUUAAUUAUAAGAGUGGAUCGAACUUGAAUAAGUGGAUUCCAGCGGGUAAUGAACACACAGCAUUCCUUGGCGUUGAGUUUUUGAGUUCUCUUCCAAGGAACUAUACUUGGUUCUUGUGGUAGAUCAUGAUGGCAUGGCAAAUAAUUUUUUAUCUUGGUUCUCUUUA